AAAUAAUCUUGUUACCAACAUGCUUGAGCUGAACCUGAGCGAAUUCCAACUGAAAACAGAUGAUAAUGGAGAAAGGACUUCUAGGCACAUCCUGGAAUCAUCAUUAUCCCAGAUAGAUGAGAUCUCUGGAGAGACUCUCUCCAAUGAAGUCAGCUCUCCACAAAUGAGUGAGAUAAACACUUCUCAGAACAAGAAAACGCCAAUACUGAAGUCAUCUCUCAGUUUCUCAGUAACCAAGGAAGGAAUAGUUAAGUCUCACAUAGAAUUGAAGAAGUUCCGUCCAGAAUGGUCAAAAAGUUCUGCAAACUUAGAAAACCCACAGAGCUGUCAGAAAUAUUCCUUGGGCUCAGACCUGGGUUCAGUGACUGAAACCCAGAGUUUGCUUGGGUGCAAAAUACAUGAGCUAGAAUCUCAAGACUUUUAUCUGAAAUAAAGGUAAAUAAAUACGAAGAAGCUAAUAAAUUUGAUAAAGCUCACGAAUGAUAUUCACAGGCCCUGAAAAUAAACCCCAGAUGUUCAAAAGCCAACUUCUCCCUAGCUGGCUUAGAAAGUAAGAGAGGAUGUUUAGAACAAGCCAUAGAGUACUACAACAGAGCUUUGGAAGACGACCAUAUCCCUAAUCGAGAUAGAUCAACUAAAAGUUCCUUCGAUUCCUCUUCAGACCCAAAGGAGAUGCACUUCAUGAACAUUAAAAUCCAACCUGAGGAAGGAAUCCGGAAUUAUAAAUGAUCAGGAACUAAAAGCACGAGGAAUCUGAAAUAAAACUUCGAGUUCGAUCACUCAGAGUCCAGUCCAGAUUGUUUCCUCUUUGAAGUUACCCAAAAAUUGUAGAUCUGUCAAAUGCUUAACUACACGGAAAGAUAAUAAAUCUAGAAACAAAAGAGUCCAUUUUGAGCCAACCGAAAAUAUCCGAGCUAAACGGACAAGCAAGAGGAAAGUUCAAAGGCGUGCUAAUUUUGUUGAACUCAGUCAUAAAAAUAUCUCUAUGGAUACUCCAGGAAAGUGUAAAAAGUUGAAGUCAAUUGUGAAAUGAAAGAAAAUUGAUCUUAAUGACUUAUUAUCCCCGAAAAAUAAGAAGAAAAUUAAACUAAAUGGCCAAUCCUCUCCUGUUUUUAAAGCUAAAUCCACUAUACAGACUCCAAAACCGUUCUGCUACAACAAAGACAUGGAAGAAUCAAAGGAAGAAGUUGCUUCUUUGCUUCCAAAAACCUCGCCGAAAAAGAAGUCCAAGUGGCGAAAGUACUUAUUUGAAAAAUCUAUUGGAAAGAAGCCUUCUUCACCACCAAAACUGAUCCAAAAGACUCGAAGUAAGAGUAUAAAAAGGUUUGAACUGAAACUUCAAUCCCAGCCUUCUAUCUACCAACGGAGGUCAUCUUCAUUCUGCCGUCAGAAUACCACCUCAGAGACAUUCCCACUUCAGGAGUCUAAGAAGCCUCUAUCAGCUUGAAAGACCAAGAAUAUUUAUAACAAAAAGUCUACUCAAUGCAUCCUUGGCUUAAAAUCUCCUCACAAAUCCAUUUUUUAACCAAAAAUCUCCGCUUGAGUCCCUUCAGACAAUCCUUCAUAACACUAAUAGUCCCUCGCAAUAAUCCCAUAUUUAUUAAAUACCUCAUAAAAUUUUCCUCAC